AUGUCUACAUCCCCGACGGCCCUGAGACUGUCCUCUAUCGUUGCGAGCAGCAGCCGUGCCCAAACCGGACACCCCGAUCGAUCGAGGAAGAUUACCCUCGCUACAAGGCCAUCAGACGGGCUCAACACCCACUUGGACCCCGAAGCACCCUUGCAUCUCGAUCUGCCUCACGGCACUCCUGCCCUGUCUCCCCCAGCUCCCGACUUCCUCAAGCUGUCGUCGCCAAUCCAGGUCAAACGCGAGGAGAUCUCCCUCCAGACCCUGUGCCAGAGCCUGAGCCUGAGGAGGGUGAGGGUGAAGAAGGAGUCUCGGAGUCCGAGUCCGCGGAUCCUGCUCGGCCCGCCUCGCCGACAGCGCUCGCCCCCGCGUCAGCAGUCCCUGACCGGAAGGCCACCACAGCCACCUCCGCCCCCGCAAUGUCCUCCGUCCCCCCUGGCGCCGAUAAUGCCGUCCCCCGCAGCCAUCCCCGACAAGGAGAUGUUGAAACUCCUCCUCCCACUCCGAUACGACGGCAAAACCGUUAUCGAGUGCAACCGGUUCCUAUCGCAGCUGCGCAUCUACUGGCUGAUCAACACGUCGUUGACCACCAUCGAGCUUAAGGUGCAGGUCGCACUCAGCCUACUCGAUGGAGAUGCCCGCGCCUGGGCCACUCCCUACUUUGCCCAGCUCGCAUUAGUGCAGGUGGGUGUGCAAGGGGCCACAACCCCAUUCGCGAACGAAGCAGCCUUUGCCGCCGCCUUCAGGGCCCGCUUCGGAAAUCUCGACGACGAGGCGGCAGCACAAGUAGAGCUGGCGAAGCUCUGCACGGACAAGUCGGUCCGCGAAAAACGCACUGCUGCGGAGUUCUCCGCGCUGUUCAAGGGUCCGGCGGACCGCUCUGGGUAUGGGGACCUGGAGCUACGCGACAAGUACCUGAGCGGCAUCCCCUCCCGUGUCUACCGCAAAAUCGAGCUCGAGACCUUUGCCACGUGGCAAGCAGCUGAGAAGCGCGCCACCGAGGUCGAGCAGAUCCUCGAUAUCAGCCGGGCCCGUAGGCCCGAGCUAAACAACUUCUUCUCGGCCCGAGGUCGAGGACGCGGAAGGGCACGUGGUGGUGCACCCUCGACGCACGCAGCUUCGGCCAGCAUCAAUGCGGCCAUCAGAAAAGGCAACUUCCCCGGCACAUGCUUUGGCUGUGGGAAGCAAGGGUACCAACGAUUCAAGUGCCCCAAUUGUAAGGACAAGCCUUACACAAAAUGCGCCGACGCGUGGGCUACGGUUGCCUCGGGAUCCACCCAGGCUGCGACAAGCGCCCCGUCAUGA